GUUCCAGCCCCCAGCCCCGGCCCCCCGAGUCCCGCGCGGGCCGGGCAGGGGCGGGGCGUCGGGCCAGCUGAGCUAUCCCGUCAGACCGCGCCAGUUUGAAUGAAAGCUUGUCAAGAUGGCGACGGCCGAGGCGGAGGCGCGAGGAGCUUGGUGUGUGCCUUGCCUAGUUUCACUUGAUACUCUUCAGGAAUUAUGUAGAAAAGAAAAGCUCACAUGUAAAUCGAUUGGAAUCACCAAAAGGAAUCUAAACAAUUAUGAGGUGGAGUACUUGUGUGACUACAAGGUAGUAAAGGAUAUGGAAUAUUAUCUUGUAAAAUGGAAAGGAUGGCCAGAUUCUACAAAUACUUGGGAACCUUUGCAAAAUCUCAAGUGCCCGUUACUGCUUCGGCAAUUCUCUAAUGACAAGCAUAAUUAUUUAUCUCAGGUAAAGAAAGGCAAAGCAAUAACUCCAAAAGACAAUAACAAAACUCUGAAACCUGCAGUUGCUGAGUACAUUGUGAAGAAGGCUAAACAGAGGAUAGCUCUGCAGAGAUGGCAAGAUGAACUGAACAGAAAAAAGAAUCAUAAAGGAAUGAUACUUGUUGAAAAUACUGUUGACUUACAGGGCCCACCUUCAGACUUCUACUACAUUAAUGAAUACAAACCAGCUCCUGGAAUCAGCUUAGUUAACGAAGCUACGUUUGGUUGUUCAUGCACGGAUUGUUUCUUUGACAAAUGUUGUCCUGCUGAAGCUGGAGUUCUUUUGGCUUAUAAUAAAAACCAACAAAUUAAAAUACCACCUGGCACCCCCAUCUAUGAAUGCAACUCAAGGUGUCAGUGUGGACCUGAUUGUCCUAAUAGGAUUGUACAAAAAGGCACACAAUAUUCCCUUUGCAUCUUUCGAACUAGCAAUGGCCGUGGCUGGGGCGUAAAAACCCUUGUGAAGAUUAAAAGAAUGAGUUUUGUCAUGGAAUAUGUCGGAGAGGUAAUCACAAGUGAAGAAGCUGAAAGACGGGGGCAGUUAUAUGACAACAAAGGAAUCACAUACCUCUUUGAUCUGGACUAUGAAUCUGAUGAAUUCACAGUGGAUGCAGCUCGAUAUGGAAAUGUGUCUCAUUUUGUGAAUCACAGUUGUGACCCAAAUCUUCAGGUGUUCAAUGUUUUCAUUGAUAACCUCGAUACUCGCCUUCCCCGAAUAGCAUUGUUUUCUACGAGAACCAUAAAUGCUGGAGAAGAACUGACUUUUGAUUAUCAAAUGAAAGGUAUGGCUUUCAAGUGCAGAUUCAUUGCUGUUCGUUUCAAUAUGAAAAAUCAAAUCAGACAGGAAAAGGCCUUAGAUCAUCUGAAUCAAACUUACAUUAAAGAUGAGAAAAAUUGGGCAGCACCUGUGGCUCAGUGCAUAUGGUGCCAGCCCCAUAUACUGAGGGCGGCAGGUUCAAACCUGGCCCCGGCCAAACCUCGACAAAAACACAGCCGACCCCAGCUACUCGGGAGGCCGAGGCAAGAGAAUCGCGUAAGCCCAAGAGUUAGAGGUUGCUGUGAGCUGUGUGAUGCCACGGCACUCUACCCGAGGGCGGUACAGUGAGACUCUGUCUCUACAAAAAAAAAAAAACAAAAAACAGCCGGGCACUGUGGCAGGUGCCUGUAAUCCCAGCUACUCGGGAGGCUGAGGCAAGAGAAUCGCCUAAGCCCAGGAGUUGGAGGUUGCUGUGAGCUGUGACGCCACAGCACUCUACUGAGGGUGAUAAAGUGAGACUCUGUCUCUACAAAAAAUAAAAAAAUUAAAAAAAGACAAGAAAAAUUGCAUCUAUAAGUUUGUCUUCUUAAGGUCUGAAGCUCAUCUGGCAGCUAAUGCUAAAACUCAAGUCUGCUUGACCUUGAGCUGAGAAGUGGUCCCUUGUCGACAUCACAUUGCCUCCUGAUUUUUUUUCAGAACUUCCAUUUUGAAAGUUGAUUUAUUACGUUUUUUCUCACUACUACUUACAUUUUAAAACAAUUAUAAGCUUACAUUUCUGAGUAUGUACUAAGAUAUUUAUUCAAAAGAUUGAAAAGAUGAUUUAAAUCACAUAAAUCCUAUUCCUACUUGAGUCUGACUUUUAAAAACAUUUAAUUCUAUUUGCUUUAUUGUCCCAAUAUAGAUGUUUUCUUUCUUUUGUUUUUCUAAGAAUGAUGCCCUUUACUGUUAUUGAUUGACCUCACUUUAUACCCGUUUUUUCUUUGUGUUUUUUUUUUGUUGUUGUUAAAUCAUAGCUGUGUACAUUAGUGCAAUCAAGGGGUACAAUGUGCUGGUUUCAUAUACAAUCUGAAAUAUUCUCAUCAAACUGUUCAACGUAGCCGUCAUGGCAUUUUCUUAGUUAGUGUAUGUAGACAUUUGUAUUCUGCCUUUAGUAAGUUUCGCCUGUACCCAUUCUAAGAUGCACCGGUGUGGCCCCACCCAUUACGCUCCCUCCACCUUACCCUUCCUUGGCCCUUUACCCAUAUUCUUGUGCUAUAGUUGGGUUAUAGCCUUCAUGUGAAAGCUGUAAUUUAGCUACAUAGUAGGGCUGAGUACAUUAGAUACUUUUUCUUCCAUUCCUGAGAUACUUUGCUAAGAAGAAUAUGUUCCAGCUCCAUCCAUGUAAACAUGAAAGAGGUAAAGUCUCCAUCUUUCUUUAAGGCUGCAUAGUAUUCCAUGGUAUACAUGUACCACAAUUUGCUAGUCCAUUUGUGGGUCGAUGGGCACUUGGGUUUCUUCCAUGACUUAGCAAUUAUGAAUUGGGCUGCAAUAAACAUUCUGGUACAGAUGUCUUUGUUAUGUUGUAAUUUUUGGUCUUCUGGGUAUAAACCUAGUAAAGGAAUUAUAGGAUCGAAUGGGUCCUAUAGGUCUAUUUUUAGGUCUCUAAGUACUCUCCAAACAUCCUUCCAGAAGGAACAUAUUAGUGUGCAUUCCCACCAGCAGUGUAGAAGUGUGCCCUUUUCUCUACAUCCACGCCAACAUCUCUGGUUUUGGGAUUUUGUGAUGUGGGCUACUCUUACUGGGGUUAGGUGAUAUCUCAAAGUAGUUUUGAUUUGCAUUUCUCUGAUGAUUAAGGAUGAUGAGCUUUUUUUCAUGUGUUUGUAGAUCGUGCGUCUGUCUUCUUUAGAAAAGUUUCUCUUCAAGUCCCUUGCCCAACCUGAGAUGGGAUCAUGUGUUCUCUUCUUCCUAAUACAUUUGAGUUCUCUGUGGAUUCUGGUUAUUAGAUCUUUAUCGGUGGUAUGACCUGCGAAUAUUUUCUCCCAUUCUGAGGGCUGUCUGCUUGCUUUACUCACUAUGUUCUUGGCUGUGCAGAAGCUUUUUGGUUUGAUCAGGUCCCAGUAGUGUAUUUUUGGUACUGCUUCAAUUGCCUGGGGAGUCCUCCUCAUAAAAUAUUCACCCAGGCUAAUUCCUUCAAGAGUUUUCCCUGCACUUUCUUCAAGUAUUUUUAUAGUUUCAUGUCUUAAGUUUAAAUCUUUUAUCCAGUGAGAGUCUUAGUUAAUGGUGAAAGGUGUGGGUCCAGUUUCAAUCUUCUUCAGGUUGCCAGCCAGUUCACCCAGCACCAUUUGUUAAAUAGGGAAUCUUUUCCCCACUGAAUGUUUUUAAUUACCUUGUCAAAGAUCAAAAAGCAGUAAGUAGCUGGAUUCAUCUCUUGGUUCUCUAUUCUGUUCCAGACAUCUACUUCUCUGUUUUUGUGCCAACACCAUGCUGUUUUGAUCACUACCGAUUUAUAGUACAGUCUCAGGUCUGGUAGCGUGAUUCCUCCUGCUGUGUUUUUAUUGCUGAGUAAUGUUUUGGCUAUUCGAGGUUUUUUCUGAUUCCAUAUAAAACGAAGUAUUAUUUUUUCAAGAUCUUUAAAAUAUGACAAUGGAGCUUUAAUAGGAAUUACAUUAAAAUUAUAUAUUGCUCAGGUCAAGUCAUCUCUGAGUAGCAGAGGAGAGGCUCAUAGGGAACCCGCCCUACUGUACCUUUCCAGUGGGGGCCACCCUUCUAGAGUUUCAACUUGACUUGGAGAGGUUCUGCUUGGAGAGGGCUUCCCCCACCCUCAAUUAAAAUAUACAGAAUGUGGCAGUCAGGUCAGUAAGGUGGUACCCUAGCGUCUGUAUCUUUCUCAGAUCCCCACCAAGUUGAUGAAUGAUGAUCAUUCAAAACUCACUGCUCUAGAAUAACCUACCACAACUACUGAAUGGUGAAACUGAGGCCUAGUAAGAAGAAGGGACUUGCCCAAGAUCACCCAGCAAAUGAACCUGUGACCCCAGACCAGAAAAGAAAACAGGACUUAAUAAAGACAGGAUGAGGAGGCUGGUAGGAGUACCUGAAAGAUGCUGUUUCCAUCGCUUCUUGUCACGUUGUAACCAUUUUCCUUAUGUGGAGCCCCACACUGAUGGAUCCGAAAUAACAUUUUCAAAGUUAUAUCUGCAAGGAAAUGGCUAUUAAUGUUCUUCCUGUCCUUUUAGAGUGCUGAGGAAUACAUAUUAAUUUUUCUCUCUACUUAUAUUGCCUAUUUGCAAAUUGUAUUCACUACCCAGUGCUCCAAUUUGUCCUUCCCCUGAAGAGAUUAUGAUGAAUAAAUGUGUUCCUGGAAAUAAAAUAAAAUUAUAUAUUGCU